AACAUGGAGAUUUUGUACCAUGUCCUGUUCUUAGCGCUCAAAUGUCCUAACCUGCAGCUGAAGAAGCCGCCCUGGCUGCACAUGCCGUUGACCAUGACGUAUGCUCUGGUGGUGGCGUCUUACUUCCUCAUCACCGGAGGAAUUAUUUAUGAUGUUAUUGUUGAACCUCCAAGUGUUGGCUCUGUGACUGAGGAACGUGGGCAUCAGAGGCCAGUAGCUUUCUUUGCCUGUAGAGUAAAUGGACAAUCUAUUAUGGAAAGACUUGCAUCCAGCUUCCUGCUUACAAUGGGAGGUUUAGGUUUCAUAAUCCUGGACCAAUCAAAUGCACCAAAUAUCCCAAAACUCAAUAGAUUUCUUAUUCUAUUCAUUGGAUUCGUCUGUGUCCUAUUGAGUUUUUUCAUGGCUAGAGUAUUCAUGAGAAUGAAACUGCCGAGCUAUCUGAUGGGUUAGAGUGCCUUUGAGAAGAAAUCAGUGGAUACUGGAUUUUUUCUUGUCAAUGA